GCAUUGUGGAGUGCGUCCGAGCGCUGUCGCUGGCCCGUGUGCUGCACGAGCUCGGAGCCGGGCGCAGCCGAGCGGGGCAGCCGAUCAGACCGGGAGUGGGUGCCGAGCUACUGGUCGACGUGGGCCAAUGGUUGUCCCGAGGGACACCCUGGCUCCGCGUGCACCUGGACAGCCCCGCGCUCAGCAGCCAGCAGCGCCGCACUCUCCAGGGGGCGCUCGUGCUGUCAGAUCGAGCACCCUUCAAGGUCCCUUCACCCUUCGCUGAGCUUGUCCUCCCACCGACCACCGCACAGCCCUAAGUCUCUAACCCACCUCAGCCAGGAGCUUCAGGUCCAUGAUGCUACUGGCUCUAGGGCCCAAAGCUUGGCCCAAGCUCUCUCAGUUCAAACCCCUUCUCAGGGUCUCAGGAGGUGAAACUCUGCACAGAAAUUCCCGGCAUUGGUCAGGGCAGGGCCAGCGCCAAGGCCCUGGGCUAAGAACUAGAUUACUGAUCACGGCCCUGUUUGGGGCUGGGCUAGGCUGGGCCUGGCUGGCUGCAAGGGCUGAGAAGGAACAGUGGCGCCAACAGCAGCGCACAGAGGCCCUGCGCCAGGCUGCUGUGGGCCAGGGCGACUUCAGCCUGUUGGACCACAAAGGUCAGCUUCGAUGCAAAGCCGACUUCCGAGGCCAGUGGGUGCUGAUGUACUUUGGUUUUACUCACUGCCCUGAUAUUUGUCCCGAUGAGCUGGAAAAGUUGGUGCAAGUAGUUCGGAAGCUAGAGGCGGAGCCUGACCUGCCCCUGGUGCAGCCUGUCUUCAUCACUGUGGACCCAGAACGAGAUGACAUGGCAGCCAUGGCCCGCUAUGUGCAAGAAUUCCACCCAAGAUUGCUAGGUCUGACUGGUUCUACAGAGCAGGUGGCCCAAGCUAGUCGCAACUACCGUGUAUACUACAGCGCUGGGCCUAAGGAUGAGGACCAGGACUAUAUUGUGGACCACUCCAUUGCCAUCUAUCUGCUCAACCCAGAUGGUCUUUUCACCGAUUACUAUGGCCGCAGCAGGUCAGCAGAGCAGAUCGUAGAGAGUGUACGCCGGCACAUAGCUGCCUUCCACAGCGUCCUGCCCUGAACUAUACCUACUGCCUAGGUCCUGUCAUUAAAUGGAUGUACUUAA